CUCUCCGGGUGGGACUGAGGAGGCGGGGCUUCGUGUCUCCUUAUCUCCAGAGCCAGCCUUGGCUUCCUGGCGCCUGGUCGGUCCCUCAGUUCGGGCUGCUUGCCAUGAGGUUUCUGCUCCCCCUCUCGCUGCUGGUUUUGCUGGCGGCCGCCUACCAGGGAGGCGGGAGUGCGCGGAGGCGCCGGGCUGUGUGGACACAAGGCUCGGAAGACAACUCUCCCUCGCCCUCGGACACAGAAGCUCCGUUCCGGGUCCGCAUAAACCCCAGUUUCAAGGCUGUGCCGCCCGGGAGUUCAGUGUGGCUCAACUGCAGCAGCAGCUGCCCCCUGCCAGAGAAUUCCAGCCUCCAUACUGGGCUGCAGCGAGGCCAGACGCUCCGCGGGUCCAACUGGGUAUCCUUCCAGCUGCUGGAUGUGAGGGCUUGGAGCUCCGACGUGCACUGCUUCGUCACCUGCGCUGGAGUAACGCUGGGGGCCAUGGCUAGGAUCCACGCCUAUAAACAGCCACACAGCGUGAUCCUGGAGCCUCCGGUCUUCGAGGGCAGUGAGUACACUCUGCGCUGCCACGUGACGCACGUGUUCCCCGUGGGCUUCCUAGUGGUGACUCUGCAGCGCGGCGACCGGGUCAUCUACUCCGAGAGCCUGAAGCGCUUCACGGGCCUGGAUCUGGCCAACGUGACGCUGACUCAUGCGUUCCCAGCCAGGCCCCGCGACCUCUGGCAGCCGGUGACCUGCCACGCGCGCCUUAAUCUCGACGGCCAGGUGGUCCACAGCAGCUCCGCACCCAUGACGCUUACAGUCUUCGCUUGGAGCACCGCGUCCAAAGCCUUGGCUUCCACCUCCAUCGCAGCCCUUGUGGGGAUCCUUCUCAUCGUGGGGGCUGCCUACCUGCGAAAGUACCUAUUGAUGCAGUCCCGGCAGUAGAGGGAGUGGUCCAUGCCAGCUGAGCCUGAGCAAACAGGAGUCUAGAGUACUUUGGGGGAACCCUGCCUGGAUCAAUAAAGCCAUCCUCGGCCAACCUCUGCUCCGCCUAAAGGUCCCCCAUUCGUGCACUGCCUCAGAGAAGUGGUCUUUUUUGGCCUUGUCGCACUUUCUCCAAGUUCCUUGUCUUCUUGAGGUUACCUGAGGUUUCCUCACUCUGGUCCACCUGGGGUGCCCAGAGCCCCAGUCCCUCUGCAUUACUAUCCGUGUAGUAAACACCUGACCGGUGGCUAUUAUCAGUGUGGUGCAGACCUGCAACGCGAAGGCGCUGGAGGGCCUUGGGCUGUGGCGGGCGCCUUCACUGUAUGGCUUUUCCUGAUUGGCUCCGCUGCUACCAUCUGAUUGGAUGUUACGUUUCCUUUCCCAUCCCCCCUUCCUGUCUACUUUUGAUCCUGCACUUUCCUGUAGCACAAGGGUGGGACAAGAACUGAUCCCCGUAGUUCACUUGUUAGCACCGGAAAUAAGAGCACAAGUGGGCCGGGUCACAUGGACAUAUUGAGGAACGUGGAUGGGCAGAAAAGGUACCAAUGUGGUGACUGCGGAGAAAGAGCAAUCAGAUAGUCCACGUGGGGUGGCACAGACUUGCUUCCUGGCAACGUCCUGAUAGUUAUCCAGCCUGGUGGGCACAUAGGGGUGUCAAAACUUGGGGCCCAGAUCCUGGGUCAAAGGUGUCACAGUCGGUCUCUUGGUCUCACAUGGACACAGAAUCUGAGCACGUACUGGAUGCCUGCCGGGCCCGCGUGGUCCAGGGUUCCCACCCGCUGUGCGGAAAGUGGGCUCAAGGGCGUUCUUCCGCGGCUCACGCUCGCACACGCCGAGUAGACACGUGUCCGCUGCACGCUGGGUAAAUACAGACUGGGAGCCGAGCCGACCCUAAUUUAGACUCCCGCAAACGCUGUGCGCACGCACACGUGUUCCCGACUCGCUGGCACUUUGGUCCCCGCCCCCUCUGUCGCGUGCGGGGGCGGGGGCGGAGCCGGAGGGGACCCUGGGGUCAAAAGGGG